ACAAUGCAUAUUUAGGGCCAGAUUAGAAUCUUAGACUAUAACCAAAUUAGGUGGCACUGAUAUUCAACAUUUCGGUUGAAUAGCACAUUCCUGAAAAUAGUCAAUCCUCAUGGUUCUUCUCCUGAAGCGAACUCCGAGUAACCUACCUACUAGAAACAUUUAUCACGCUUCUGCAUCACCAAACAGGAAUUGCCCUCAUAUUUGGGUAGUACUCGUUAGAUUGACCAAAUCUUCCUUCAACUUGAACACAAACAACCUAAAAGGGGCGAUGUUUGAAUGUAUUAGCUACCGGGUUUAACUUCUAAGCUCAGAAAACACCAUCGAGGUGAUUACUACAUUCGUCUGACUGCUAGUCGCAAACAGGUCGUCAAGGUGAGACGAAGUGAAGAGAGUGUCUCUCGUACUAAACGGAUAUCAAGAACCCAGGAAAACGAAAUCGAUCGAUCGAGUCAGUUCUUUCGGAAAUCGGGACCACUAUUGAAGGCAUACAUAGGAGUGUUUUAACCAACUUCAAAGCCAGUACCUAAAGACCUGAGGGCCCUGAAGCAGCCUUCUGACAGAUACUUCUCCUUCAGGCCUCGUGCUAAACAUUUUGAUACCUGCUGGAAGCAUCUGUGGUAAAAAAAAUAUGACUGUGUUUGAAGUGACCAAGUCCGGUGAUUCCGGCGAUGAAUCGUCUUUCGAGGACCCCUCCAAGGACCAGCAUCUUGAUCCCAAAUCCUCACGGACCAUAACAGAGGAUUCGGGCCAAGGGUCAUAUGAUAACAUGACGGAGAGCAAUUCCAUUGACGGCAGUGAGAUCGACAAUAAUCCUCACGGGAACGAUAUGGAAGGAGGCAUGGUCAAUCCAUGCUUUAUCACGGUGGAAAACGAACACGGAGAGUUGGAACAUGUGGAAUUGGACAUUGAUGACAAUCAGUUCACGGUACAUCCAAACUUGAUAAAACCAAGAGGAUCAGUCAGCAGCGGCCAAUUUGAUGUAUUCCCAAAGUUACGGAGAAAGCCUCAACCAAGACAGUUUGAAGAGGAAGAAAGUGCCAUAGUGUCUCCAGAGGUGAUCAAGGAACUGAGUAAGAAGGCCAAGAAACGCUUGGUCGCCAAAUCCGGACGGGCUAAUGUGUCCAUGCAAAAUGUACCUAAUCGAGGCAGGAACUUGAUCAAAGAUGUGUUCACAACUUGCAUUGACAUGCCAUGGAGGUAUGUAAUCCUCGCCUUUUCCCUCAGUUUCCUCAUCACUUGGACCUUUUUUGGCUUUUUAUAUUGGAUCAUCGCUCACGCCCAUGGCGAUUUCGAAGAAGAUAACCUACCCGAUGGGAUCAAUCAGAAAUCGGGCAAUUUCACACCUUGUGUCUGGGGCAUCUACAAUUAUGCCUCGUGCUAUCUGUUUAGUUUGGAAACCCAGCAUACCAUUGGUUAUGGUACGCGCCAAACUAGUGAAGAUUGUUCCAGUGCUAUUAUUGUCAUGAGCAUUCAGUCCAUCGUUGGUGUGCUCACCUCAUCCUCGUUUGCGGGCAUUGUUUUCGCCAAAUUGGCUCGGCCGAAGAAUCGCACGCACACGGUGAUGUUCUCGAAAAAUGCAGUGAUCACUUUGAGAGACGGCAUUUUGUACCUCGUGUUCCGGAUUGGCAAUGUCAGAAAAUCUCAUUUGAUUGAGGCCCACGUUCGAGCUCAAUUGGUCCAUUCCAAGGAAGUCACCAAAGAGGGGGACAGAACCUACUUCAGCCAACAGGAGCUUAAGGUCUCAACAAUGACUGAAGAAGACGACGAUCGUGUGAUGCUGCUUCUCCCAACCAUGAUCUUCCACAAGAUUGACGCCGAUAGUCCCUUUUAUGACAUGAGUCCUAAGGACAUUCUGAACUCGAAAUUCGAAAUGGUCGUUUCUCUGGAAGGUAUCGUGGAACCGACUGGAAACUCUGUCCAAGCUCGGACUUCUUAUCUCCCUCGGGAGAUUCUUUGGGGAUAUCGCUUUGAGAAUAUGGUGAGUUAUUCCUCCAAACCGGGAACGUAUCUUGUGGACUGUUCGUAUUUGAACGCCGUCACCCAAGACGACACGCCUCGCAUGUCCAUGGAAAAGAUCUACAAAGAGAGACGACACGAUGAACGUCGAAGACGUCAAAUGCAAAUGGCUUCCGUGACGAGCAUCACGGAAGUUGGGAAAGUGCCAUCCAGGACCAAUUCCACAUCCCGAUUCAACCCGUACACCUCAGUGAUCCAUCCAGACAGCUCAGUCACCAUUCAAGAGACUUAGAGAGACCCAUCAUAAUAUUGAGUACAUCAAUGGAUACAGGAAACCAUCUUCUUUGAUGAGAAGAAAAGAAAGCAUGAGUUUUUUGCUCCCAGCUUUGGCUGUCCUCGAAAGGCUUGGUCCUUUUUCGAAUAACUAAGCAAUAAAUGAAUAUAAUACGUGAAUCAAUGA